CACCUCAAGGCCAACUCCGCGGUGGUGAGCUGGGAUGUCCUGGAGGAUGAGGUGGUCAUCGGAUUCGCCAUCUCUCAGCAGAAGAAGGACGUGCGGAUGCUGCGCUUCAUCCAGGAGGUAAACACCACCACCCGCUCCUGCGCCCUCUGGGACCUGGAGGAAGACACGGAAUACAUCGUGCACGUGCAGGCCAUCUCCAUUCAGGGCCAGAGUCCUGCGAGCGAGCCGGUGCUCUUCAAGACGCCGAGAGAGGCCGAGAAGAUGGGCUCCAAGAACAAAGAGGAGCAGCUGGGGGAGGAAAGGAGCCCAGACCUAGUGCCUCUCUCCCCUCCGACCACAGACGAGGUGACCAUGAAGGAGAUGGGGCGAAACCAGCAGCUGCAGACAGGCGAGGUGCUGAUCAUCGUCGUGGUCCUGUUCAUGUGGGCCGGCGUCAUUGUCCUCUUCUGCCGCCAGUAUGACAUUAUCAAGGACAAUGAACCCAAUAACAACAAGGAAAAAACCAAGAGUGCGUCAGAAACCAGCACACCAGAGCACCAAGGCGGAGGUCUUCUCCGCAGCAAGAUAUGAGACCUUUUCAGUGCUGGCUCUGAGCAGCUCAGAAGACAGACAGUGGAGAAUGUGAGAGGAUCUCAUGGUUCUGACGAUGAUUAUCCAACAAACAUCUGGCCCUCUCUACAUUUCCUCCUCCCUCCAUCUUCUUACACCCUCUGGCUUACUGUCCUCUCUCUUGGCUUCACUCUUUCCGGCGCAUUUUCCUGAAGCCUAUUAAUCCCCAUCUCCAGAGGCACCUCAACAAUGUCAGUGGCUGAGGCUGCGCUGAGAGGCAGAUCUGCAGGAUGUGAGAACCAGCCAGCAGGAUGGCUGUGCUGGGGGUGGACUGGGUACCACGAGUGGUGGGUCCAGGCCCAGACUGACCGUUCAGCUGAGUGAGGCUGAAGGCUGGGUUUGAGAAGGCAGAGACAAGACAUUCAGGCAGGGCUACUCCUUUCCUUCCACACAGGACAAGAGCCUCGCUUUUAGGCUGCAGCCCUGCUGCUCCCUUCCUUCUUGUGUCCUCUGUUUUCAACUUUGCAAGAAGUCUAUUCGAUUAGCCCUGGCCGCUUCUCUCAUUUUUUCCUCCCAGUUUCCAAACAAGCUCUCGGUGAACAUCAUCGAAGCGUGACUACCUGUCUGCAGCGAGAAGGAUUUCAUUUUUCUCUGCUGGUCCCCAGGUCCACAGACACAGGGAGAGGGAGGACUGCGGUGGAGGGGGAGGCACGGCUAGCUACACAGUUCUCUCUCUCCCCGAUGUCCUAGUCUGGUGAAGGAAGCUGAACUACAAACCCAAAUUCUGCAAAAAAUAAACAAGCCACAAAACUUGAGGCCUGGCCCCAUUCUGGAAAAGGCAAAGCUGCAUGAGACACGGCCUUCUUUCUGCCUCCUGGACAGGCGUCCUCUCUGAGAAAAUGCACAAAGCUUCUGGGAGAUAAGCACUUAGACUGACUUAAGCUCUUUCAGAACAAGAACCAUCAGGGAAGCCAUGGGGCAGCCUGUGGGGCAGGGGCAUGGCUGCCAUGGAGCCUUUUCUGGAUCCAGCCAUCAAGGACUUGUUUGUGAUGUGAUGUACAACUUUGUGUGUGUGUGAGAUGUUACCUGUUUUGUCUCUUGGAAAACACAAUGGAAGGGCUUCACUCCAGAGGGCAGAGGGAUUCCCUGAGCUGGUUGCCUGCAUCCUCUCUUUGGCCCUUAUUUUGACUGUAAGACCAUCAGUCUGGGGUUUUAAGAAAAUUAGAACACCUGGAAGGUACUGGCCCUAUUUCUUUAGGAAAAGUCUCUUAGAGCUGUAACAGUACUGUCUUGGACAACUGAAAGGUACGUUCCCAUGGGACAUCCUGAGGGGCUGCUAAAUCACCACGCUGUAGUGGAAGCUGCUGGAAGGCAGGCCUGAGCCAUUCAGCCAGAGCGGUCCUGGCCACUGGGGUCUCCAUAUAUUAUUGCCAUCUCAUCCAGGGUUCUGUGAAAGCUACCAAGGGUCCUCAUGUCCUUCCCUAGAGCCUGUGUGGUGUGAGGUGACAGGUCUCUCUCUCCACUGCCCUUCUGGUAAAAAAAAAAAAAAAAAUGGUGCUUGAUAAGGGAAGGAAGAUCCUUCCCUAGGACUGACAAGUUGUGGCUGAUGAAUGCCUGCAUGGAAGAGAUGGGCUUCUGCGUUUUCCAGUGGUGGCUAAGGACAGGAGCGUGGAGGACUGCACCUAGCACAAGCCUGGCAUAUAGUAGAUGCUCAGUGAAUACAUGUGGAACUGAAUAAGAGCAAUAGCCCCAAGCCAGAGAGCUGAAAGCCAUCACCCCGUGACCACCCCUUCCUUCCGGUCUACAAGAGCUCUCAUGGCUGGGUCAGCCACCACUCUGCUUUGCCUGAGUGUGGAACAUGGAGGGAGGAGAGACGGGUAAAAGGCAGAUGUCAGCAAUACUAAGGGCUUCCUCAUGGGAAGGCAUGAGGCUUCACUCAUUGUCUUGUGACUUCCAUCCCUGCUGAAUGGGGCUGCAAGGCCAAGGCUCCUUAGGGGAGAGAGGUCCUUACCUCUGAUCCAGUUAGAGCAAUAACCACUUUUUAAAUGUAAAAUAAAAAGACAAAUGAAAAGGCA